AUGCUGCGGUGUGCGUCGCGCAUCUGCCGCGCCGCCUCCCUGUUGGGUUACCCGCUACGCCGGGCGGCCGCGAUGGAGAUGCUGUACGGCGGCGUGUGUGUGCUGCACCUCGCACAGAAGCCUUUCUCCCUUCGGAAGACGCGGUCGGAGGCGCUUCCAUCCCCGUCGCUUCAGCGCGAGCGGGACGACCUGGAGCUGGAGGUGAAGGACUCCACCAACAAUGUGAUGGGCUUCCGACUUUUCCCCGUUAACAUUGGGGUGCGGUCAAGGAACGAGGCGGUGCGGCUGCGCAGCGAGGACUGCUACAAGCGAGUGCUGGCGCAGCGGCAGUGCGCGGCGGCGGGGGAGGCGUUGCGGUUUCCUCUCCCUUCCAGCCUUGCCUCUGGAGAGCGCCACAACUCCACCGUGCCUAAGCAGCGUUACGCAACGCACUUUCAUCCACCGUCUGCCAAACUUUCUCUUUUUACACGGCCCGUUGACUCUGGGGACUGUGUGGAGAAGACAACACCAGCCGAGGUCGCACUCUACCACCCUCGCGCCUGGAGGCCCUUGCAGAUGCUAAAGCCGAUGCCGCACAACUGGAGUCCUACGCUGCGUUCCUCUGGGGUGCGUGGACCGCACAUGCAGCUUAUGCAAGAGCGACUAGACGGAAAGGGAUUUGGAUGGAAACGCAAAUCCCGCUCGCUGUGGCAGCAGGACAUUAAUACCGCCGGAUUCAGGCCGAAGCGCUUCUUUUAG